AGAGCAUCAGGAAGGUGCUGGACAAGCAGGCCAUUAAGUUUGUGCGAGCCAUUAAGCAAGACACCAGGAGCGGCAAAACAGAGGACAGGAUUCUGGUCCUGGCAACAUGGAGGCUGUAUCUCUUUGCUGUCAAAGUGCCCACCAAGAUGGAGGUGACCUUCAACUUCUUGGAAAUCCGAGCAAUGAACACCUAUCCAGAACACCAGGUUGUCAUCGAUACAGACAAGACCACCUAUUCACUGAGACUACAGACCCAGGACCAGCUGGAUCACGUGGUCAGCCACAUCAACUACGCCCUCUCCCGAGUCUUCAACAACUCCAUUUAUGCUCCUCCUAUUUGUCGAGCAGAAGGAGACCUGACUGAUGGAAGUCACAAGUUUUCACCAAACUCUGAGUCGUCAUUAGAGCCCCAGAAAACCUGCGGUGGUUUUUCUGAGACCUAUGCAGCUCUUUGCGACUACAACGGAAUUGGCUGCAAAGAAGAAGUGCAGUGGGAUGUUGACACCAUCUACCACUCUCAAGACAACAGGGAGUUCAAUUUACUGGAUUUCAGCCAUCUUGACAGCAGGGACUUGGCGGUGAUCGUUGCUUCCAUUGCAUACAACACCUGGUUCACCAAGCUGUACUGCAAAGACAUGCGAAUAGGUUCAGAGGUGGUGGACCAGGUCCUGCACACAGUCAGCAAGUCCAACAGUCUGGAAGAGCUCACUCUGGAGAAUGCAGGACUCAAAUCGGAUUUUCCGCAGAAGAUGGCGUCGGCGCUGUCAGAGAACCCAGCGUCUGUGAUUCACUCUCUCAACCUGGCUCACAACACGCUCGACAACCAAGGAGUCUCCAACCUGAUUCAACAAGUGUGUCGACUGAACAAGGGACUGCGCCUCCUCAAUCUCUCUAAGACCUCCCUCUCCUCCAAGGGUGUGGUUUCUCUGUCCCAGGCGUUGUGUUCAAGUGACGACUACUCCAAUUCUCUGCUGCAUCUGGACCUCAGCAAAAACCCUGGAGUUCUGUCAGGAGAGGAUGCCACGAACCUGUACCUGUUCCUGGCCCAGCCCAACUGCCUGGUCCAUUUGGAUCUGUCUGGGACAGACUGUACCGUGGACUCGGAAAGCGAGAGAUUCUCUGCCAACCUUCCGCCAGUUCUUCAGCUCAGCAUUCAGCCUGACCCAUGUGAGCCUGGCCUCUAUGAAAGUCCCUCCGGAUUCGCUGAGGGCUCUGUUCCUAGGUCUGUCCAAUAACCCCCAUAUCACUGAUUUACACCUGGACAUCAGCAGCUGUGAGUUGAGGUCAGCAGGUGCUGGGGUGAUUCAGGAGCUGUUUCCUCGAGUUUCAUGCGUGGGGACUUUAGACAUUUCUGAUAAUGGUUUGGAUGCUGACUUGCUGGCUGUCAUCCCAGCAUUCUCCAGGCACCCCUCCCUCAAACACCUGAUGCUGGGGAAGAACUUCAACAUCAAGGGCAGGGUGCUGGAUGAAAUUCUGCAGAAACUGGUUCAUUUGGUGCAAGAGGAAGAGUGUGCUCUGCAGUCCCUCUCCCUGGCUGACUCGAGGCUUCGUCAGCGGGGCACGGUGCUGGUCAACACUCUGGGCUCCAACACCUGCCUACGGAAAGUAGACCUGAGCGGCAACCUCCUGGAGGACUCCGGGGCCAAGAUGCUCAGCAAAGCCCUGCAGAUCAACACAACACUCAGGAGUGUGACGUGGGAUCGCAACAACACCACAGCGACGGGCUUCCAAGACGUGGCGAGAGCACUGGAGCACAACUUUACCCUUCAGUACAUGCCCCUCCCCCUCAGUGAUGUCACUCAGGCGUACCGCAGUGCCCCAGAGAAGACCGACCAAGCCCUGACCAAGAUCCAACGUGCCCUGCUUAGGAACAACCAGACUCAGCGUUUCUCUCAGAAACAGGCUCUCAGGCUGCACCAAGGCCUGGUCACCAGCACUGCUGAACAGGUGAUGGAGCGUCUGUGUGUGCGCGUGCAGCAGCAGGUGUGUGUCCUGAAGGGCUGUGAGGAAGGAGAGGAGGUCCAGACGGCCAGACAAAUCCUCAAAGAAGCCAGGGACUCAAGAGCUCUGUAUCCCUCUCUGUGUGAGCUGGCCCACGUGUUGUCAGUGGACGGCCCUGUCAAACAGCGACUGGACACUCUGGCUGGAGAACUUGCCAAGGCUGCGGACAAAGAACUGCAGGUGGUAGUGGACUCUAUGGUGUCUCUGUGCCGAGAGUUGUGUCCGAUGUCCUGCUCGGCCGCCGAGAGACUUAGCCCGCCGCUCUCGUCCAUCUCUGAACAAGUUUCCAUCCCCCGCUCCGCCAUCCGCAACGCCCUCAUGGAGAGAGCAGCUGAGGAUAUUAACAGAGCCCUGGAGGAGGUGAAGUUGUCUGUGGUCUCCUAUCUGACCAACUCCAUAGUGGAUCAGAUUCUUCAAGAGCUCUAUACCACUCAUAAAACGCUGCUGCGGCAGGUGUCUCAGGUAAAGCGCUGGGAUGACGUUGGGACGGGCAGACGCACUAUCAGACAGUCCAGAAUAGUCGAGUCGCUGGAUUUUCCUGAUGAGGACUUUGGUGUCAACCUGGGAAUAGACACAAUGGCUAUUAAGAAGCGGAGCUCCAGAACUAGAAGAAUUCGUCCCGUCUCCACCAGACUGAGUCUAGGUGAUGAGCCUAGUCCCUCUCCUACCCCCUCUGCUCCAACCCACUCCGCCCCUCUUACCCACUCGGCAUCAUGGGAGUGUCUGUCCACCCUCCCUACCAAUGGCUCGCCCUUGCGUCACGUGACUCACGUCAGGCCUCGCCCACCACGGAGACACAGAGCAGGGCAUCUUCCCCCGGAAUCUCAUUGCUCAGAGAAUGGAGGAGUCAAUAUGCUGGAGGAUGGACUGCCUGAUUUCUACAGCAAGAGAGUUCUACCCGACAGUCAGUUGUCGUCCCUCCAUCAGGCCCAGUCAUUGAGGAGAAAGAAAAGACGCAGCGUGUUGUCCAUUUUCUCCGGUUUCCGCAAGAACCGCAACUCCACCAUCUCUAAUCAGGACUCGGACAGCGCCUUAGAGAACGUCUACUCAAUGAUUCAGCACCCUAAGGAUGCUGGGAGGCCAGAGAGCGCUGUUCCUGGAGCAAAUGGGACCAUGUCUUCACCUCGGCCCACGCAGGGUGUACCUCUGCAUGGGAUGAGGGCUGCCAGCCCCCCCUGCCUCAUCCAAAGACAGUCCACAGACCUGGUCAGCAUGGUGUACAGCUGCAUCGGGGCAGAAAUCGAGGACUCAGAUGGGAGCAGCACCUGUGACAUCAAAGAGACAGACGAUACUGACAGAUCUACCACCAUCUCAGAUGCCCCUGCGGAUACUCGGAGUAACGGCCACGUGGUGUCCUCCAAACAACAGACGGACAGACAGAUGGAGACGGGGAGGCAGGAGAGGAUCGUACCCCUGACAGACUCACAGGCUGAGAUGGACGAGGACAGACAGAGCGGCGGCGGAAGUGUGGCCCCCUGUGGGCCGAGACCAGAGCCACCUCCACAGAGUACCAAGCCCAGUCUGGCUGCCAUGAGGCAGAGACACCUGCAGGAGAGUUUAGAAGAGGCAGGAAGGCUGAUGGGAGAAGAAGAACAGAGUGAGAGAAAGCAUGAAGAGAAACAGAGAGCACGAGGCCCAGAGGGACAGCGUCCUCUUAUACCCAAUAAGCCCAGUCUCGACAUCUCAAGAGACAAGAUGUCCCCGGAAAGGGCUGUGACCUCUCCCAAAACCUCACCUGUCAGUCCAGGUAAAGAACCAACCAAUGAUCAGAGAAGCUUACCUCCUGCUCAGCCAGUCAUUCAAGAGGAGGAGACUGAUGAGAGGACAACCCCACCAGCAUCUGCCAAGCAUGGGAUAGAAGCAGCAGAUCCUGCCGGUCAAGACGAGGAAGAAGGUCGUAAUGGAUUUCCAGCAGCAUCCCGACACACCAGGAAGUCCAGCUCAUUCGACAUAGGCAUGGAACGGGACAGCCCCUACGAUCUGGAGAGGUCUUCAGAUCGCAGAUUCCCUGUGAAAAAACCCUGUUUCCCCCAGUACAGAAACAGAUCUCUGGACUGCCCUGCUGGGACCAGGUGUUAUGAAAGUCCCCAGCUUGGGAACAAAGAAGCGUUAUGACGUUACCAGUGGACCAGAAGAAGUUUGCUGGGAAGGGAAGACUUGAACAUGGAGGACUGGAGAGAGACGAGCUUUUAAAACUUUGUGGACUCAACUUACAAAGAUCCAAACAGCAGCUGCUUUUCCUUUUUAAUCCAUUUAAACGUUUGUUACUGAAAAUGCAUGUACUGUAUGCUUUCUGUUUUUAACUGGUUGCACUUGCUGUGGUUUUUCUCAGGCAUAAGGGAAGCUCUGACCUGCAGUACAUAAAGCACACACAGUAGUUCAAUGUCUCUCCAGUAUGCUCAUUAUGAAAUGUUGUUUUAUGCAUUUGUGCGAAAUCAUUGGAUUAUGCUACGUCUUCUCAUCUCCUCCCUGUCUUUUACUGACAAUCUGUGACUGCUAAAAGUGAGUUUGUACUGUAUUUAUUCUAAUGGAGAUGUACAUACUGAAUAUAAGACUGCACUAACCAAUGUGGUACCAGUUAACAAUCAUGUUUUUCUUUGUGAUAAUAUAUCAUUUGGUAACUGUGUUUGUAAGUAUGCUUUUGGUGUAUGCUGAUGUUGAUGAUUGAGAAAUGUGUUUUCAUGCACUUAGCACUCCCAUCUCUUCAAGAGUAUUUAAGUCAGUCAGUGGAUCACAUACAGGUUUAAUCUGAUUUUGCAGGCCUGAAAAUGAGUAUAUUUUCUAAAAAUGCUUCUAUGAAUCAGAAUAAA